AUGACGGACGUGGAAUUGGAAACACGUAAUUUUUUGCGCGAACUCGACACAUUCGGACAGCCGCCGCCACCACAACGUCUUAUCAGUGAUGCUGACAGAACAUCUUUUAACAAUAAAAGUUCUAUUAAAAAAAACAGUAACGAUAAUGCUUAUUUACCUGCUGAAAGUAACAACAAAAAUGAAAUGAGUAAAGAAGAAAUUAGCAAACUUAAGGAACAGGUGGUGUCAGCUUGUCGUCCGUUAAAUCCGUGGUACGAACAUCAACAUCAAUCGCCAACUUUAUCCGCAAAUUUUGUCCGAAGUACUAUUCGGAAAGGUUUAAAUACUGAUGAGAAGUGUUUAUCAUCGAUCGCUACAAAAACCCCAAUACAGUAUCAUCAUAUCAAUGUGGCUACCGUAUCCGGCGAAAAUACUGUAAAUAGCAUAACAAACUCGACUGAUCCAAACGAUGACAUCUAUCGAGCAACACCGUAUUCUGCUAAUAAUCGUUUUCAUUCUCUCAUUUCACCAGCCAAAACAUACUAUCACAGCGGACCACCGAUUCGGCGAAUAUCUCGGAAUUCGGUUAAUGAAUCAGGUAUCGAUCGAUGUGAAAGGUUCUUGGGGAAUGAAAAUACUACAAAGAAAAACAUAAAUAAUGUACAUCUAAAUGCAAAUCAACAAUCUCUUACAACAACCAUUCCUAACAAAUAUGAUGAUAAACAGUUGAAAAACAAUUCGAACGUAAUACCACCAUGGCGAAAAAAAAGUAUGGAUUCGGUGACAUCCACCGAUUCUGGCGUAUCAGUGCAGCGUAAAAAGUAUGAUGAAAUGACUAACAAUUUGGAAAAACAAUUGAAUUUGAAUCGCAAACCAAUUGGUAUCUGUGAAUUAUGUGGUAAAGCGAUAUUGGAAGAAAUUGAUGUUACCUGCGCACUUGGCCAAUUAUAUCAUCAGAACUGUUUUACUUGUGAUAUGUGUGGACGAACUUUACGAGGAAAAAAAUUUUAUGAAACUCGAGGGAAAAAGUAUUGCGAAGAAGAUUACCUGUAUAGUGGAAUGCAUGAAAAUGCAGAGCGAUGCGCUGCAUGCUCGCAUCUUAUUAUGGAUAUGGUUCUGCAAGCACUUGGAAAAUCAUAUCAUCCGCGAUGUUUCCGCUGUGAGAAAUGCAAAAGUUGUUUGGAUGGUGUUCCGUUUGCUUUGGAUUCGGAAGGUCGUGUGUACUGCACCGAAGAUUAUCACAGAAUUUUUGCGCCGAAAUGCGCUGCAUGUUUACAAUCAAUUAUGCCUAAUAAGGAAACCGGAGAGACAGUCCAUGUUGUUGCAAUUAAUCGGGAUUAUCAUAUCGAAUGUUACGUUUGUAAGGGUUGUGGCAUGCAGCUAACCGAUGAACCGGAAAAACGUUGCUAUCCAUUAAACGAUCAGCUCCUGUGUAAAAGUUGUCAUAUACAUUGGGUACGAACCGGUGGCGAUUCAAAACCGAUUACUGAUUUGUGA